AUGGGUGAACUCUGCGACAUCGGCAACUAUCGCCAAAUCUGCUUGGUGUAUUUCGUCUACCAACUUUUCACUCCAGUCACCCUAAACGGGAUUGGCCAAACACUGGACGAAGGAUUGCCAUAUGGAAGCAGUAAUGGAACUCCUGGAGAGUCAAGAGUCACUACUCAGCAAACAAUGAUUCUUCGUGAUCUGUAUAAAAAUUUCACAAAAAACAUAUCACCAUCCCACAAAGGCAUUAAUAUCAAUGUGAAAAGAGUGAGUGUACAUACAUAUCGACGGAUAAAAGGAACCCGAUCGAUGCGAUUGGAGCCAAGCCACAUGCACGAGGCCACGCCACCACUGAACAAGGUGACGAUAGCAGCACCCAGCAAUGACUGGAAGCAAAUGACCGAGCCGCAUAAGACGUGGGGUUGA